UGUACACUGUGGUAUGGACAGACCUAUGGAACGCACCUGUAAAAAGCGCGUCACCAAGACACUGAAAAAUCGUGGGUUCUGUGUUCGACACGCGUAUUUUCUCUCUGGAUCUGGAAUUUUUUUUUUAACAGCGGUUGCCUAAGUUAGUGUCUUAUAACCUCAUCUGCUGUUUUGGUGUUUAAAAAAGAAGUCAGCAGCCAGCAUCAACACUUGUUGCUUUUUUGUGGGCCACAGCUGAGAGUCACGGCGAAUUGUUCUCCAUCACCAUCGAUAACAAAGAGUGUGGGGACAAGUUCAAGUUGUUAAAGGAGCGUGAAGAUGUAAUAUGUGACAAGCACUCGAAGGGCAUUGAAAUCAUCUUUAGAGGAGAUGGCAGCACGGUAGAUAUCUGUGAGGUGCAAGUUUACGAGUGUGCUCGGUACAUGUGGGGCAAAGACUGCAAGCACCAGUGUAACUGCGCCAUCUCCACGGAUGAAUGCAAUCGGAACAACGGGACCUGCGAUGGUCACUGUGACCCUCGCUUCAGAGGAGCCGCCUGUCAGAUCCAGAACAUGGCCUUGCAGAAACCCACCCGCCAGUCCAGCCUGUUUUACCACGACGAGUCCCAGUCACUCCAGUACUCUUUUCAUGCUGUCGACGGUAACGACGACCCGUCUGCCGGCCACUGCGCCGUCACGCAGUCGUUGGGCGAGUCUUGGUGGGAGGUGGACCUCCUGAGCCAUGUCUUCAUCAACAGGAUCACCAUCGUGGGUCAGAAGUACAGCACGUUCACAAAGAUGUCGCUGCACAUUGAGGUCGACGGGGAAGUGUGCUUCAAGCGAGAGAAUUCCGUGCGUCCCUCUAUUCAGGAAGACAUUUUCUGCACUCACAAUGUCAUCGGGACAGAUCGUGCGCUUCAUGGACCCCAGAGAGAUUAUACUGUGCGAGGUCAAAAUCUGGGAGUGCAUUGACGGCACGUGGGGCACUGACUGCGCGGGGGCAUGCAGCUGCCAGGACGACAACGAGAUCUGCAACAAAUUUGACGGCAAAUGCGUGGCGAAAGUGGAUUUGUACAAGUACGAGGUGGCCAGUAGGAUAGAGGAACUGACAACCUCUCACGCGCACGCGGUGAGGCCACACAACCUUCUCAGCCAAAUCCUUUUUGUCAUCUGUAUCCUGACUGUGAGCACCUGGACGGCGACCAAACUACAGCCUUGAUCUCAUCGACUCCCUGAUGCUGCCACCAAUCACCUCGACGUAUGUUCUAUCACCCGCUGCUGCCACCAACGACAAAAGGGCUGCAUAUUUAUUUUUCUUUCUCUCGUAAGGUCGUUCUAUAACUGAUUGCGAUUCAGGGAGAUUCAAGACCUAAGACCCGUUGUAAGGAAACGCGGCAGAGCCACCCCGAGUUUUUUUUUUUUUUUUUUUUACACAAUAAGCCAUAGGAGCAGUAUCCACUGAGCGACAAUAGUCUUUGUCCAGAGUAAAUCAAGGGUGAGCGUCUUGUCUCCGUAAUUAAAAUGUUGUCUCACCCCUAAGACCGUAAUUAUUAAGCAGAAGCAAAGAAUCUUUUGGGUAAAGUAGCAAAAAGGAGUCUUCUCGAAGUUUAGACAAUCCGUCGUAUAUAAGAAAAAAAAUAUAUUUUUCCCUUGAAUUCCCCAUUUUGCUCCUAGGUAACGAUUUACUAUCGCUUCAUGAAUACGGCCCUAAACUGAACACUGAGAUUUCACAGAAUCGUGAAUAUUGUGACGUGAGAUGCAAUCGCAACUGAGUGACCUUUUUGAGGGUUUGACAUGCUGGCGCAGAUAAUUAAAUAACAGGAUCUUGAGAGAGAAAAAAACAACUUUAGUGUUGUGGCCAAUGAUUGAUUAACUGUCGUGCACAGGUACGAGAAUGGGACAGGUAACAGCUGGCUUUGCAAGGUGAUGUGCGUGGCAACAGGUGUGUCUUCUCAACCCUGACAUCUGUGAGCUCUAACCACUCACUGGCGCGUGUUUCUGUGCCUAAAUCAAGACAAAUACAUCGGGCUCUGGGUGUGUUUAAUUGGCGAGGGGAUGAGUGAGUUACUGCAUCUAGGGAACAACCAUUGAACGGGUAUAUGUGAAGACAAAAACGAGAUGAAUUUUUUUAUUCGUGUUUAAUAUUGCUCAAUGUCCAGUGAUUCUCUCGUUUGCUUUUCUUAUUUUAAAGCGAAAAGAAAUACCAGGAGAAUAGAUUAUUGUAUGACUCGCACACAACUAAAGUCAUAAAGUAUAUUUACUCACAAAAGGAAAGCAAUGUAAUUUCUAUCAGCUGAAGAUUGUGAAAUAAAUAGAGUACUUGAUCUUUUUAA